UGGCUUAUGUUUGGUACAUAAUUUUAACUGUGUUGCCGAAACUUUAAUCCUGUCUACGCAGUUUCGUCUUUUGACUCAUAGUGUCGCUGUUCACCUGCAAAACAAUGCGUGUGCAGAGCUCUCCACCCUAUUCGUGAUGUCAUACACAGGGCUACAAGCUCAUCUCGUCGUACAAAAUCGUCGACAGUGACUGAUUCCUGAUAUACUAUCUACCUUUUAAGGUUUCAUGUUUGUAUUUUGGGUCGUAUGUUAAUUACUGUAUUGCUGGUUUAAAUUUUGGCUUAAUUUCUGAAGCAUUUUAAAGGUUCUUUGUUACUGCUGAGAUGUUUGGUCUUUUGUUCUUUGUGCUGAUGGCGCACACCGCUUAUGGAGACGUGAGCUAUUCUUUACCGGAGGAGAUGAAACGCGGAUCUGUGAUUGGAAAUAUAGCAAAGGAUCUCGGACUCGAUGUGAACAGACUGUCAUCUCGUAAGGCUCGCAUUCAUACGGAAGGUAACAGAAAACAAUACUGUGAUAUUAAUCUGAAUACUGGAGAACUGAUCGUAGCGGAGAGAAUCGACAGAGAGGACAUUUGUGGGAAGAAAGCUUCAUGUGUUAUUAAACAGGAGCUCGUGCUGGAAAAUCCUUUAGAGCUGCAUCGCUUUAUUCUCACUGUUGAAGACAUAAAUGAUAAUUCACCACAGUUCAAACAAAGUGUAAUAAAAUUUGAAAUACAGGAAUCAGCAGACAAAGGAUCUCGUUACUUAUUAGAUGAGGCUCACGAUGCGGAUAUUGGUAUGAAUUCAGUGCAAUCAUAUACACUUCAAAACAAUGAGCAUUUUAUUCUGAGUGUCCUUACGGGAGCAAAUGGAGGAAAAUAUGAAGAGCUGGUUAUUGAUAGAGAGUUGGAUCGUGAGCAGCAGAAAGAAGUAACAUUAAUUCUCACUGCGGUAGACGGCGGGACUCCACCGAGAUCAGGUACUGUAGCCAUACACGUCACUGUGCUGGAUGCUAAUGAUAAUGCUCCAGUCUUUAGUCAGGCCGUCUAUAAAGUCAGUCUGCCUGAAAAUGCUCCUGUAGAUACUGUAGUGGUGACAGUGAGCGCUACUGAUGCUGACGAGGGACAAAACGGAGAAGUGACAUAUGAGUUUGGUCAUGUAUCUGAAAGUCAUCUGGAAAUGUUUUUGCUUGAUGCAGUGUCUGGUGAAAUUAAACUGAGACGGUUCUUUGAUUAUGAGGAAGAGAGUUCAAUUGAGUUGCCAUUCAAGCUAAAGAUGGCCAAGGGCUAGCAGGUCGAUGCACUGUGUUAAUAGAUGUUGUUGAUGUCAAUGAUAACGCCCCUAUAAUAGUGAUUAAUUCCCUUAACAGCCCUGUUCCCGAGAAUGCGUUACCCGGUACAGAGGUUGG